UUUACGGGCGGAGGCAGUGGGUUGCGCGCGUUGAAUGGCUGCUUUAUUCUGUUGUGUUUGCUGAAGACGGCGGCCGCACCCCGCUAAUACAGAUCUCGCAGCUCCAGGUAGGCUACACAUAAGACUGAGCGGCUCGGAAAAUGUCCGGAAUUGCGAAGAAGCUUAAACGGAACCGAGCCCGAGCUGAGGGCAUUGGCACGAACGAACAAGCCUUGAAGUACUUAAAGCAGGAUUACGAGACGUUGAGGCAGAAUUGUCUGGAAUGUGGGCAGCUGUUCCAGGAUGAAACUUUCGAUGCAGUCCCGGCCUCCCUGGGUUUCAAAGAUCUUGGACCCAACUCCUACAAAGUGAGAGGUAUCACCUGGAGCCGGCCCACGGAGUUGUCUUCCUGUCCACAGUUUAUUGUGGGAGGGGCUACCAGGACGGAUAUCUGCCAGGGGGCUCUCGGCGACUGCUGGCUCCUGGCUGCCAUCGCCUCGUUGACGCUGAAUGAGCAGGUGCUCGCUCGAGUGGUUCCUCCUGGACAGAGCUUCCAAGAGGGCUACGCUGGGAUUUUCCACUUCCAGUUCUGGCAGUUUGGAGAUUGGGUGGACGUGGUGAUCGACGACAGGCUGCCCACCAAAGACGGAAAGCUGCUGUUCGUCCACUCGGCCGAGGGCUCAGAGUUCUGGAGCGCCCUGCUGGAGAAGGCCUACGCUAAGCUGAAUGGGUGCUACGAGGCGCUCUCGGGGGGGUCCACCACCGAAGGGUUCGAGGAUUUCACGGGGGGCAUCGCGGAGGUGCACGAGCUACGGAAGCCCAACCCCAACCUCUUCAAGAUCAUCCAGAAGGCACUGCUCAGGGGCUCCCUGCUGGGCUGCUCCAUCGAUAUCACCAGUGCGGCCGACACCGAGGCCAUCACGUCACAGAAGCUGGUUAAGGGCCACGCCUACUCCGUUACUGCAGUUGAUGAGGUGAGAUAUGAGGGGGACAUGGUGAAGCUGAUUCGCAUCCGGAACCCCUGGGGUCAGGUGGAGUGGACCGGGCCCUGGAGCGACGGAUCCAUGCAGUGGCAGCAGGUCAGUGAUGAGGACAGAGAGAGGCUCAACAACAAAUCGGAGGACGGAGAGUUUUGGAUGUCGUUCUCCGAGUUCCUGCGGCAGUAUUCCCGGGUGGAGAUCUGCAACCUCUCGCCGGACGCGCUCACCGAUGACGAUUACAAGAAGUGGUCGCUCUCCAAGUUUGAGGGGACCUGGCGGCGUGGCUCCACCGCUGGGGGGUGCCAGAACUAUCAAAGCACCUUCUGGACGAAUCCCCAGUUUGUGAUCAAGCUGGACGAGGAGGACGACGACCCGGAUGACAAUGAGGUGGGCUGCAGCUUCCUGGUGGGCCUGAUCCAGAAGAACCGGCGCACCAUGAGGAAGAUCGGGGAGGACAUGCACACCAUCGGCUUCGCCAUCUACAAGGUUCCUGCUGAGUUUGCAGGGCAGAGGAACGUCCACCUCAACCGGAACUUCUUCCUGCAGCACGCGACCAAGGCGCGGUCAGAGACCUUCAUUAACCUGCGGGAGGUGUGCAACCGCUUCUGCCUGCCCCCGGGGGAGUACCUGAUCGUGCCCUCCACCUUCGAACCGCACAAGAACGGGGACUUCUGCGUGCGCGUCUUCUCCGAGAAGCAAGCAGACUUCCAAGAACUGGAUGACCCUGUUGAGUAUAAGGUUGAAGAGGAAAACAUAUCCGAAGGCGAUGUUGAUGACAAGUUUCGGAAACUCUUUUCUCAUCUGGCAGGACAAGACUGUGAAAUUUCUGCUGUUGAGCUGAGAAAUAUCCUGAACAGAGUGGUAUCCACGCGUAAGGAUAUUAAAACCGACGGAUUUAGUCUGGAAACCUGCCGCAACAUGGUCAACCUGCUGGAUACAGAUGGAACUGGAAAACUGGGCCUGGUGGAGUUCAAGAUCCUGUGGAACAAAAUAGAAAAAUACCUGAACUUCUACCGGGAUAAGGACACAGAUCAUUCAGGCACCAUAAGCUCCACGGAGAUGCGUAUAGCUGUGGAGGACGCAGGCUUCUCCCUGAAUAAUGCCCUUCACCAGAUCCUGGUGACCCGCUACAGUGACCCUGACUUCACCAUCGACUUCGACAACUUUGUGAGCUGCCUGAUCCGCCUGGAAAGCAUGUUCAAAACAUUUAAAACGCUGGACAAGGACAAUUCGGGGGAGGUGGAGUUGGAUCUUGUGCAGUGGCUGAAUAUAACUCUGCUGUAAGUGCCUGAGGACAAGUCUCAGCUGCGGGAUGGUGUUCUGGACUGGCUACAUGCACAAGAUCAAGAGCCUGUCCUGGACAGAGACGGUGAACCCAGUCCUGCCUGAUGACUGAACAUUCUCUGCCUGCACGCCGUCUUCUCUGCAGUUUGUUUUAAAACAGGACUGAUCCCACCUUCAGUCCCAGGGAAAGCAACGUAAAAGAAGCACAGAAAAGCCGUAUAUCUUUACUGAAAAUAAUAAAAUGGAAAAUGGAUAUCUGUAGGGUGUCUUGGGUUUAGGAGGUGGGUUUCUAGUUUGCUUUGCUUUUAGACUGAUACUGAAAACUUAAAUUAAUUCAAAAUUAUUGAAUGUA